AUGACCUGCAUUGUCCAAUCCCUAAGUGGUCUGGAUCGUAAAGUUCAUUCAGCGGGGCACUACAGUAGGGCAUUACAGAUAGGACCAGUUCUUGGAAGGCUUAUCCCACCCCCAUCAGCUAAUCCUAUCCUAUUACAUCCCUCAAUUCUUGUUCCAGGACUGAAGAUGAACCUGAUCAACAUGGACGCGGAGAAUCGGGUCGUCUUGAACGUGGGGGGCAUCCGCCACGAGACCUACAAGGCGACCCUAAAGAAGAUUCCCGCAACCAGACUGUCCAGGCUCACCGAAGCACUCGCAAACUACGACCCCAUCCUCAACGAAUACUUCUUCGACAGGCACCCCGGCGUCUUCGCGCAAGUCCUCAAUUACUACAGGACGGGCAAGCUUCACUAUCCUACCGAUGUGUGCGGUCCGCUGUUUGAAGAAGAGCUGGAGUUCUGGGGGCUGGACGCUAACCAAGUGGAACCGUGCUGUUGGAUGACAUACACUCAGGGCAUCCGACUUUCCUUUAGCAACUUCCUAAAGUGCCUUCUAGUUCUAAACUAUACGCUCUCUUUCUGUCUUGAAACUACCAGGUUCCUGCCGCCUUCCUGCUCUUCCAAAUAUAUCCCGUCGUAA